AUGUUAGCUAGCAGAAACUAUUCUCAAUUUGGAGAAAACUCCUCACAAAAUUCACGAAACAUGACUCCAAACUAAUAGGUUAUGGGUAUACCAAAGAUAAUGUGUGGAGAUCAUUAGGGAUUUUUUAUCACUCACUUUUGUAGUAAGAUUUAAUGCUUGAAAGGGUUAUGCUAAAAAUGUAUAAAAGAGCAUAAUCAAUAUCAUAAAGACAGAAAAGAAUAUGCCGAAAUCGAAACGCUAGAAGACAUAAGCUCAAAUUGUCAAUAGAAAAUACACACUUGCUUGAAAGAUUAUACAGAAGAAUAAGAAAAUAUUCAGCAACAAAUCAAAUCAGAGGAGUAACAUCAUAAAUCGCAAUAAGUACUAUAGAAAAUGAGCGAAGCAGAAAGCUAAUGCCAAAAUAUUGUCUAAAGCUACUUCAAAACAGUAAGAAAGGAGUAUGAAAUAGCAUUAAGAAAAAUGGAUGCUGAAAAACAAAAAAUGAAUAAAUAGCUUUAGGAAAUAGAAAAUGAAAAAAAUAAACUUAACGGCUUCCUACGUGAGCUGCAAGAAAAUCAAUUUCAAAUUAGUACUCUUUAGCAUUUACUUAAGCUAGAUUUUAGUAUUUUCAUAAAUGAAAAGCUAGGUGUAAUAGGUUAAUAUUUUGAGUAGCUGAUAUCAGUUACUCCAAGCAUUACCAUAAAUUUUGAAAACGUUCAUAGAUAAAUUUAUGAAAUCUGCUAAAACACUUGUUUCUUAACAUAUUCUGGAUAGUCUCCUAAAUAAAAAAGCAUCACACAAUUAAGGUAAGAGAUAUCUAUCAAUAAUCGCAAGGCAAGCACUCCAUCAAAUUUUAAUGGCACAAGUGAAUAGAAUGGAAAUUCUCAACGUCAUAUCUCACUUUCUCCUUUUAAAUCUAAUAACUUUAAUGUUCCUCUUACAUAACAAAUUAAUUUUAAAGACAGCAGUUAAUUUUCUUAGAAUUCUGAGCGUAGUUAUAAUGAGUUUUCUGGAAUGCAGUAACAAAGAAAUAAGAGCUAUUCUCCAGCUCCUGACAGUAGGGUAGUAGCUUAAUAAACUUCAUCUGUAGUUAGACCUAACUAAUAACCUAAGAUACCUAUUUUAAAUAAUGUAGAAAACAGCUAAUCGCAGCAGGAUGAUAAAUACACACCAGUUAGCAAGAAAAUGAAGAUGAAAAUAUUUGAUACUAAACCUAAUCUUUUGUCAUCACCUAGACCUCCAACUAAUUCGAAUUAAUAAUCUUUAAAAAGCUCAGUAGCUAGAACAAUCGGAGAAAACAAAAUUAAUGGCUAAUAUCAAAGUAAUAUCUUGUAAUCUAAUAACAUAAACAAUGUGCACUCUUCUUAGAAUAUAACUCCUAACUUUUUGACUGGCAAAAAUAGUAAUGCUUAAAACACUGGUUUUUCUAGCUUUAACUCAAACACUCCUUAAUCAUUUAACCCUCAAAAUGAAAAUCAGAUAUCCUCUUUAAACAACUUAAGCAGCAACAAUAAAUUUGCAGAAAACAACAAAAAUUUAAUCCCUUAGUAAUCUAAUUUUGCAAAUAUUAAGUUUAAUCCUACUCCAAGAAAUGAAAUUCAAAUAAACUCAAAUGAUAUUCCUUAAAAUUAAUAGCUUUAAUUCAGUAGAAAUGAGCUUUUAAACAAUAACUAGUCAUAAGCAGGUUUAGCUUAAAAUCAAUUGACAGCAGGCUAUCCUUAAUCUUAGUUCGGCCAAAGUAUUUAACUGAGCUAGUAUAAUAAUAACAACAGUAAUAUAGGAGGUAACAAUCUUUUCUAAUAAGAUAUAAACAAUAGUAGCACUUCAUAAAUGAAAAAUAUGAAUGAAGUUAGCUCUUCUAAUUUUAAUAGAGGAAAUUCUUUCAACCCUUCACAAGCUUAAGAUAAAGAUAACUACAGCUAUUCCAAUAAUAACAUUAAUAUGCUAUAGCAUAUCCCUUAAAAAUAUAAAUAAGUUUAAAAUGUAAAUUAAUUCAUUCCAGAAGAGUCCUAAGACUAUUAACAAGAAUCUUAGAACUUAGGCCUGAAUCGAAAUAAUCAUAAUCAACAAUUUAAUAAUAUUUAGUCCCCUCAAAACGAUAUUUAUGGAAUUUCAGCUUAAAAUAUUACAAGUAACAUUCCUUAAUAAUAUAAUUCGUAAUAUAAUCCUUAGAGUUAGUAAUAAUCAACCAUAAACAAUAAUCCUAAUCACAAAAAAAAUAAUCAAGAAGAUGCUUUUAAUACAAAUAACAUGAAUAGCCACAGGUAAAUAGAAGUAAAGGACUCAAGAUAAAAAGACUUCUAGGUAUAAAUGGCUAAUUACCUAAAGUAAGAAAGCAAUUACCAAUAUCUACAUUUCUUCCAGCCUAAAAGCAAUAUUCUUCAUAUUGUUAAUAUACAGGAUGUUAAAUAAGCUUCAAAUGGAUCAUCACAAAGUAGUUAUUUGAAAUUCUAUUAAAUACAAAUGAAGACUGAUGAUCCUUCAUUCACUGUACCUAGAUUCCAUAAAUCUAUUACACUCCGCGAUGGAAGCAUUUAUUUAAUGGGUGGAGUUUCGCCUUCAUCUAACCACUCUAAAACAGUCUAUAAAUAUGAAUUUACAAAAAAUAAACUCUAAGCUGUUUCUGAGAUGAUAACAGGUAGAAGUGGAUUUGGAUGUGUUUAUUCUCCUUUUAAUAAUAGCAUUUAUGUAAUUGGAGGCGCUUGUGACGAAGAUGGCGUUACAAAUCAAUGUGAAAGAUAUGAUCUCAAUACUAACAAAUGGAGUUCGAUUUCUUACUUAAAUAAUCCUACAUUUAAUCCUGCUGUUUGCUAUUUCUAAGCUCCUAAUGGAAAGAAUUAUUUAUUCAAAUUCGCUGGUAAAAUUGAUGAUGAUAAUUUAGAUACCACAAUUGAGAGGUAUGAUUUGUAGAGUGAUAGAUGGGAAAUUAUACCAACUUAAACAUAAAUUCCUAUUUUAUUAAGUAGUGCUAACUGUUGCUAGAUUAACAGUAAUAACAUUUUGGUAUUUGGUGGAGCAUAUACAUAAUCUCAAGAAAAAGCAAGUACUUGCUUCUUACUUAAUGUUAAUCUUGAUUCAAUCACUAAAAACUAGCUUGUACAUGAAAUUAAAGGCAUAAACCAAAUAGAAUUACCAAAUUCUGAGGGUUUUUCAAACUAACAAUCAUUUAUUCAUGACAACUAGCUUUAUACAAUACAAAAUGUUUCUGAAAAGAAAAACCCUGAAAUAAUUUAUCUAGACAGAAAAAGAAUUAUAAGCUUUAAUUCACAAAGUUGGAUGGUCUUAAAUAAUAUUGAACUAUUAGAAAAAAAUAGCUGA